CACGUUUAUCUCUCUAUCGACAGUGCACACAUCUACUUCUCCAAAUGAAGACACACCCCAUACAACAAAAACUAUUUCUUCUUCAUCCAACUUAUUUAUUCCUCCUUGCCCUGAAGAGUCCAAGCCUAAAAUGGGAAUGGUGUUCAAAUCCUUGGAGGACGGAUUUAAUUUUUACAAGCAAUAUGCCUCACUGGCAGGUUUUGAUAUCCGCAAAAGCACUAAUUUGAAGGUUUCAGGUGUUGUUGUUUGGCGGUACGUUGUAUGCAACCGUGAGGGUAAUAAACAUUUUGCACCAAUUGUUAACAAACCCACUCACGAUGAUGGAGUGCCAAAGGCAAAACAGGGGAGACGCAUUUCAAAUCGUGUUGAUUGCAAGGCGCGUGUGGCGUUCAGGCUCGUGGCUGGUGUAGGGUACACCAUAUCGUCAUUCAUAGAAACGCAUAACCAUCCAAUGUUGUCCAUUCCAUCUAGACCCUUUCUGAAAAUCAACAGAAACUUAGAAAUUGGCCAUAAGAAGUUUAUGUUGAAUUGUGCAAAGGCGAACAUUGGGCCAAUGAAGUCAUAUAGAUUGUUUAAGGAAUCAGUUGGGGGCUACGAUAAUGUGGGUGCCACUGCCGUUGACUUCAAAAAUUUCAAACGGGACUUGAAGGCAUACAUUGCAGGCGCUGAUGCUCAAAUGCUCAUUGACAAACUAUUCAGAAAGAAACAAACAUGCUCUGCAUUCCACUUUGAUUACGAUGUUGAUGAGAGUGACCAGCUAACCAGGGUAUUUUGGUGCGAUCCUAUCGCUAGGAAGAAGUUCGCAAUGUUUGGAGACGUCAUUUCGUUUGACGCAACCUUCAACACAAAUAGAUACAAAAUGGUUUUUACGCCAUUCACCGGUGUAGACAACCACCGCAGGUGUGUUACUUUUGCAGCUGGUUUGCUGCGCAGAGAAGAUGUUCCUUCAUACACGUGGUUGUUCAAUCGCUUCCUUGAUGCAAUGGGUCAUGCCCCGCAAUGCAUAAUCACUAACCAAGAUGCUUCUAUGGCUAUUGCUAUUCCAGAAGUAUUCCCAAAGACAAUUCAUCGUCUCUGUAUGUGGCAUAUUACGAACAAGAUUACGGCCAAAGUUGACAAUGAACUAGCCAAAGAUCAGGUCUUCUUGACAAGGCUUAAUUCUGUGAUAUGGAAUCAUUACUUUGAGCCCAAAGAGCGGGAAAAACAAUGGCAUGAGGUCUUGAAAAUUAAGAUGAUUCCAGAACGUUAUAUCACAAAUAGGUGGUGCAAAUCACCACUCCUAAAGCCAAUGAUUGAAGUUUCUGGUCUGGACUUCGUAUCGGAAUCAUCCCUUGACGAAAACAAAUUAAUGCUGAACCGCUUAUGGUCUAACAUUCACUCUUGUGUGGCUCUAAUUGAAAACAAUUCCGACUUAUUAUCUGCUUUCUCCAAGGUAAUCUCUGAACAAAAGGAACUCAUUGAAUCGGCUAUUGCCUCUCAUGACGUUGAUACUGGAGUACCUAAUAUCUUUGAAAAUUACUAUGGGGUGCCUGCUCCGUCAGAGAUAAAAUUGCUUCCACCUCAACCCGCGCACAACAAGGGCAGUGGUAAGCGCAUCAAGAGUGCUAAAGAGAUCCAAAUCGAGCAAAGCAAGAAGAACAAACGCAUGUGUCGAACUUGCAAAGAGCUAGGAUAUCACGACAGUAGGAAUUGUUCGAUGAAUUAUUCGUCAUAAUUAAAUCAUCUUCCUACACACAUCUUAUAAGUUUUUGUAAUGUUUUCAACGUUCUUUAUAACGUGACAUGCCAUUUGUUUGCCCAUGACUUGUGUAUUAUUGCAAUUUUGAUUAAUAUAGUAAUUACAAAAUCAUCAAUGCACACACUUUUUGUAUUUGCACUACAUCUAAAUCUACAGUUUUGAUCCAAUACUGCCCCACACACUUCUCAUUCUAUGGAACAUACAUUGAUGGCUCUAAACAUGUGUGGACCCCCAUUAAACAAACUAUAAAUUG